AAAGAAGAAUGAAAAUUAACUAGCGCACUAUGCUCUAACACCUUAAUUAGUAUAACGAAAUAAUACCAACUAAUUAUCUAAGUAGGAUUUUAUCACUUGUCUUGCAUAAUUGCAUUCACUCAAAAAGAAGAAAGGCAAAAAAUAUUAGUAUUUGUUUAUUUUGGAUAAAUUUAUAAUAUAAAUGUUUUCAGAUACAAAAAAAGGCCAUAAAAAAAUCCAGAGACUAUCUAUUUUCAUACUUCAAAUAUUAGAGACUGUUUGUGUAUUUCACUCUAAUUAUAGUGUGUUUGUUGACAAUUGAACCAUGAGGGCAUCAGGGCAUGUGAUUUGAUUUGAAAUUGGCGUACCAAUUCAAUAAAAUACUAGUAAUUAAUAUCUAAUGAUGCUCUAAUUAAUUAAUUAAUGUUGAUGAGUUGUUAGCCGGCUUGCAAUGUAUUAGUAUUAAUUUUCAAGUAGAUGACAGAGUCCCUUAUUAGAAAUGGGUCACUCACCCUUAAAAGGUCUUAUAAGGGGGAGGGUUAGGUGAGCUAGGAUCGUUACCAAGUCGAUGUGGGACAAGAAUUAAGAAUUUAAACACCCCUCUUUAUUAAACUUAAUAUCUGUUACUAUUUUUCCCUAAAGCAACGAUUUUACCUUAAAAAAGCAGCUCCAAAACGUUCGGCGUCGUCGGCCAGCACCGCUCGUUGUCACCGUUGACCGCCACACAACCAUAGUAGCUAGCCGCGCAGCCAAAUAUAUUGGAUUAAAGAGAAAAAGAGGAGCUCCAAAUCACACAAAUGGCGGAUGCUGUUGUUUCAGAAGUGGUGGGGAGAAUUGCAACUAUGUUAGAAGAUAAGAUUCGGUAUGAAGUCAACUUGGUGAGAGGCGUGCAGAACGAACUUGUUUAUCUUUCCAAGAAGCUCAAGACGAUCCAAACAUUGUUGGAUGAUGCAGAAAAGAGAGGAGUGAAAGAGAAUAGUGUCAAAAGUUGGUUGAAGAAGCUCGAAGCUACAGCCUAUGAGAUGGAGGAUAUUUUGGAUGAAUGGAACUAUUCUCUUCUCAAAGAUAAGAUGGAAGCUUCGCCUGAGCCUGAGCCUGAGCCUGAGCCUGAGCCUGAGGGAAAGAUAGGAUGCUCCUUCCUCAGAUGUACUUGUUUAUCUUUCAAUGAAAUUUCUGUUCGUCGUGAUAUUGCCAAGAAAAUAGAAAAUGUGAAAGCUACGCUUGGACAGAUUUACCAGGAGAGGAAGGACUUUAAAUUUGUCAUCUCUCCGCCUACAACUGAUCCAGUGCCAGUGCCUGAGUCUCACCGAAGACAAUCCACAUCUUCAAUUGACUUCAACGAUGUCCAUGGGUCGGGCAUAUUUAAGAAAAGGGAUGACAUAGUGGCCAAUAUGACGCUUAAUGGUGGUAAUACCCAAAUUCUAUCUAUAGUUGGGACUGGGGGACUUGGGAAGACGACCCUCGCCAAGCUUAUUUUUAACCAUCCCCACUUCGAGAAGGAUUGGUUAAAAAUUUGGGUAUGUGUCUCAGAUCCUUUUGUUGUGGCUGUGGUUGCCAAAAAUAUUGUUGAGCUUGUGGGGACGGAAGAGAUUCCUCCAAAUAACGACCAACAAGAGUUAGCACUAAAAAAACUAAAAGCAUCUGUUUCAGGAAAAAAGUUUAUUCUAGUCCUUGAUGAUGUUUGGACAGAAGACGAAGACAAAUGGAAGGACCUGAGAAUCAAUCUCGGAUAUGGUGCAGCAGGUAGUAAAAUUCUGGUGACGACGAGAAACGAAGGAGUAGCCAAGAUGAUGGGUACCUUAGACGAUGAUAUCUAUCACCCAAAAGAGCUUAAUCCUGAAGAUUGUUGGUCAUUGUUGCGUGCCACAUCUCUUGCAGGAAAAAGCAAAGAGGAAUGUGAAAAAUUUGAAAACGUGGGCAAGAAAAUAGCUAGCAAGUGUAAGGGAUUGCCCCUUGCUGCAGUUGUUUUGGGGAGACUUUUGCGGUUCAAGGAUUUGGAAGAGUGGAGACACAUAGAGAAGAGUGAAAUUUGGCAAUUGAAUAACGAGGAAGUCAAGCUUUUUCCCCAUUUGGUUUUGAGCUACAACGAAUUGUCCCCUGUUCUCAAGCGUUGUUUUUCAUAUUGCGGCGUCUAUCCUAAAGAUCACCGAAUUCAUGCGGGGACUCUUAUAGAAGAGUGGAUGGCGCAAGGUUAUCUAGGCGCUGAUAGUGGAAAUGGUGCAGUAGAACUCAAAGGGCGAGAGAACUUGAGAAAUUUAGCAAUGCGUUGUUUGAUUCAAGACAUUGAGAAAAGUGAGUCGGGGGAGCAGAUAGAAUGGUGUAAAAUGCAUGAUAUAGUACAUGAUUUUGCUCUAUUUCUUAGAAAGAAUGAUAACAAAGAGGGAAGUUGUCAAGCUUGUGAUUCUUCAUUGGUUUCUCAUGUCCAAGAAUAUCGUAGUCUAUCUUGGGACUACGAACCUCCAGUAGACGAAAGAGACAGAAGUUAUCAAGUUUGUAAUUGCAUGAAAAGUCUAAGGGUGUUGAGAAUUAAGAAAAUUAACAGAUGUAUUCCAGUAGGAAUAGAAACGUUAAUUCACUUGAGAUGGUUGGAGGUUCGUGAUGUUGCAUUGUCAAAGGAUGACCUCGAAAUCAUAUGCAGACUUUAUUUCUUACAAACUCUUGUCUUAUCACAGUGCAAGCUAACAGAGAUACCACGAGAAAUUGGGAAUUUGGUGCAGUUAAGACAACUUGAUUUAAGUUGGAAUAAAGAAUUAAAGGAGUUACCAGAGAGAAUGUAUAGUUUGGUUGAAUUGCGAUCUCUCUCCUUAGCAAGGUGCUCUCUAAAAGAGAUUCAGAAAGAAAUUGAAAAUUUGGUUAAGUUAAGACAUCUUGAUUUAAGUCGGAAUGAUGGAAUUAAGGAGUUACCAGAGAGCAUUUGUAGUUUGGUGCAUUUAAGACAUCUUGACUUAAGUCAUAAUUGGAGAAUAAAGGAGUUACGAGAGAGCAUUUGUAGUUUGGUUGAACUGCAAAUCUUGAAUAUUGAAUACACUCAUCUCAACUGUUUGCCGAAAGCAUUAGGUGAGUUGAGUAAUCUCCACACACUGAAACUGUGCGACUUUAAAGUUGGAAAUCAAUACAACAAAUUGGUUUUUCUGAAAACAAUAUACCAUUGCCUUACCGGAUUUCUACAAUUGGAUUUCUACUGGAGUAGUAUGAGUGAAAUGGAGGAAUUGGUCGAGGAUGCUCGACAAGCAGAGUUACAGACAGUCCUUCAAAAACUCAAAUCACUCAAUAUAUGUUUCAGUGGUAAGAUGAAUGAAAUGGAGCAGUCAUCAUCAUCAUCAUCAAUGUGGAUGGAGGUAGUAGAAGCUCUCGUGCCUCAUCACAGCUUGAAUAUAUUGGUAAUCAGGGAAUAUGAGGGCUCCAGGCUUCCGCAUUUGAUGUCAUCACCCCUCAACUUUAUAAAAGAGAUUCACCUGGCUUGGUUGAGUGAGGUGUCAUCAUUGCCGGCUAUGGGGAAACUACCUUUCUUGGAAAUUCUUCAAAUUACAGGUGCCAAGCAAUUGAUGUUUGUCGGAAGGGAUUUUUUAGGAAUAGAAUCUUCAUCUGAUGUUGAUGAUGUUGUUGUUGCAUUCCCUAAGCUCAAGAAACUUUCAUUUCAUUCCUGCGACAAAUGGGAGGAGUGGGAGGACAUAACGGCGGAAGAAGAAGAAGAAUCUGCGGCCAUCUCCAUCAUGCCAUGCCUCACUGAGUUGACUAUCGAAUAUUGCAAGGGUAAUUUGAAGAAGCUGCCGCAUCGCCUCCUGCAUAAAGUCUCCUCGUCUUUGCAGUACUUGAGUAUCUAUGAAUCAUCAGAGCUACUAAAAACAUACAGAGAUGACAAGGAAGGUCCAGCUUGGAGAUCCAUAUCCCAGCAUAAUCCCACACUUGAACUUUUCCCAUCGAUCUAAUGCAAAUAUUGAUGCUUUCUGUUUGUUUACCUUUUUUUGAGAUUGAAUUUGGGAUUGUGAUCAUUAUUUUCUGCUUUAUUAGACGGAUACUCUUUUUCCUUCAUGGUGUUUUUCCCUUUGGGUUUUUUCGCCAUGAAGGUUUUAAUGAGGUCCGGCCUUGAGUGAUCGUUCUGUGAUCUCCAAGGUUUAGGUUUUGUUUUUUAAUGACAUAAUCUUUGGCUUUUUUCAA